CUUGUGACUUGACCUUGACAUUUAUAAAUUACAAAUCACCACGUUUCAAUACAAAAAGUUUCAGCCUUUUAAGAUUUUAUUUUUGUGAAAAAGGUAUGUGAGUUAUAAGCUCAGCUGGGCACUUGCUCAUAAAUUUCAGGAAGUGGGGUUCAAUGGUCUCAUUUUCACUAUUAAACGACACCAAAUAUCAAAGAUAUGGGCCAGUCAUAGGUGUAUGGGAUAAUUUGUGAUGACAUUAAUGUUGAGAUAUUAAUAUUAACCCAUUAAGUUGCAAUGCACCCUCAAUACGCCCACAGGUAUACGGCCAAGUGCACAUUUGACCGCCAACAUAGGUAUGACUGCUGAUAUGUACAAUAAUUCGCUGUUAAAUUUUCCCAAAUUUAUAGGUAUGGAACUCAUGGAUACAUCAUCAGAACCACCAAAGAAACGUUCAUUUUCACAAUUUGACAGUCCUGAUAGGAAAAUGGUGAAAAGCAGAAACCAAACACCAAGUGACAAUGCUGCGGAUGUCCCAUAUCAAAUAUUCAAUGAUCCAAUUCAUGGAUUUAUUAAAGUUCACCCUCUACUGGUUAAGAUUAUCCAUACUCCUCAGUUUCAACGUUUGAAAGAUAUCAAGCAAUUGGGCAUCUGUUACUGGGUUUUCCCUGGUGCUUCCCAUAACAGGUCAGCCAAUAAAUUGGUUGGUCACAGUCAUUUUUGCCAACAGGUUAAGUUUGCAGGGGGGGGGGGGGGGGGGCAGGCUCCGUUGCUAUGACAGUCCAUAUCAGUUAAAUACAGAUUGAUAGGGAUACAACUACCUGAAAAAUACAAGGAGAACUCUGACGUUUCGAGCAAAGGCCCUUCGUCAUGAAGUUAGCAGCGUGGGGCAGAAAAAUCUUAUGCAUCAUUUUAAUUAAACACAUGUAGGUUUGAACACUGUCUUGGUACAGCACAUCUCUGUGGCAAACUAAUCGACACCCUGUGUGACCAGCACCGUGGUAAAAUUGAAAUUACCGAGCCAGAAUCACUCUGUGUAAAAAUUGCUGGCUUGUGUCACGACUUGGGACAUGGACCGUUCUCACAUUUCUUUGAUGGUGUAUAUAUCCCACGUGCGAAACCUGGUUUCCAAUGGAAACAUGAGCAGGCGUCCUGUGAUCUGUUUGAGUUUAUGAUGGCAUCAAAUCCUGGCCUGGCUGAAAGUUUUGAAGAGUUUGGUUUGGGCAGAGAAGAGAUUGAUUUUAUUAAAGAAUUGAUUCUAGGUUGGUACACUUGUUUGGUUGACUAUCAAACUUUCACAGUGGGAAUGUUGCAUUGGUAAAUUCUAAGUUUUGAAGCAUUUGACUUAAUGUUUAACCAGGGACGCCGAAACGGUAAUAAGGCAAAGGGAGACAGACACACACCAAGGGCACCUCCCCCCCGUCACCAAAAAAUUUUUGGUUAGUGUACCAUUUUAGGGGUCAAAAAUUUUUUCCGGAUAUACCAAAAUUUUCCGUUAAGUUAAAAAAUUUUUUUAAAUUCUAAAACUUUUCUAAAAUUUUUGUAAAUUAAACUCAUUCUUUACCAAAUUCACAAUUUUUUUUUGUUAAUUACUUUCUCUGGGCCUAUAAAUUACCUGAAUCUUAUGAUUUUCCCAGAAAAAGCAUCACUGGAAAAUGGAAAUGUGAUUUAUCACGUAGUAUUUUACAACUAAAAGGGCACUUCUGCCCCGCCCCCCCCCCUAGCAAAAGGCAAGGGGGGCAGCUGCCCCCCCCCUGCCCCCCAGUUCCGGCGUCCCUGUGUUUAACACUGAGUUGUCUCAAACAUUUCUUACAAAUGCUUCAAAACUUAGAAUUUACCCAUGUAGAAUUCCUACUGUGAUCACAGAAACUUUGAUAGUGUCAACUGGCAGUUACGAGGACAAGAAACAUAGUAUAGACCCAUUGCACUGACGUCACAAAUCCUUAGAGUGUCCUCCAGAUGCUCCCUAACAAUAUCUGUUUUGGUACAACGACCACAUACAGCGCAAAAUUUAACCAUUUUAAAACAAAAUUAUUAUAAAGUUUUACAAAAUUUGCUUUGUUUACAGAAGUUAUAUUAUGCAUAGAUUGCUAAUUUGUCCUCCAGAUGCAUCGUCACCGGCGCUGUGACGUCAUGUGCAAUGGGUCUAUAGUCCUUAUAUGCAGUAGACCAGAUAUAGUUUAAUGAACAAGCUAAAAAAUAUAAGGAGAAUUUCGACGUUUCGAGCGAAGGUCCUUUGCCUGGACUAGUUUAACCCAUUAAACUAGUCCUUGAUUGGCUUAACCUGGAUAAUUAAACUUUACUAUUUUAAGUUAAAGUUUCGUUUUAUAAAUUGGGAGAUCCAUAUCGGUAGUUGUAUAACUUUUCAAGCAUUUUACAACGGCUGAAAAAAUCUCAAUCCUAUGGAAAGGGCUAUCCGGUCUUCGUACAACCAACCCUGGAAUAUUAUUACACUUAUCUAUCUUCAUCUUAUUUUAGGCAAAGACCCAGAAAAUGACACGGUGACACGAAUCUGCCGUUGGACAGGCAAACCUAAAUGGUUCCUUUACGAAAUCGUCUCAAAUAAACGCACUGGCAUCGAUUGCGAUAAAUUUGACUAUUUUGCGCGCGACUGCGCUAAUGUGGGCGUUAGCAGCAACUUCGAUUAUCGCCGCUACUUUGAAAACGUACGAAUCCUGCCCAUAGAUGACCGACUACAAAUAUGCGUCCGUGAAAAGGAGGUGUUUAAUCUCUACGAGUUGUUUCAUACCCGUUGGUCGCUACACCACCGAGUUUAUCAACACAAAACGCAAGCGCCGAUUCAUGACCUGCUUCUCAAAGCAUUCCUAAAAGUCGAUAAAAUCUUCCGUAUUUCUGAAAGCGUUACUGAUAUGAAACGAUACACGGUCUUGACGGAUAGCAUUAUGUAUGAUAUUUUAAGAAAUGAAAGUGCCGACUCGAGAGUGCUCGAAGCACAAGAGUUAUUACUGAAAAUCCAGCGACGAGAAUUGUAUAAGUUUUGUGGCCAGACACAGCCGGGUUCCGAGACGGAUUGCCCGAGUGAAAGUGAGAUUGCCAAUGAAUUAGCAUCAAUUUCAGGAGCUUUAAAAUUAAAAGCGGAGCAAAUAUUUGUAUCGAUUGUUAACAUCCAUUUUGGAAUGGGAGAUAAAGAUCCAGUUGACGCGGUUGUGUUUUAUAAUAAAUCCUACCAACCUCUUAAAGUUCGCAAGGAUCAAGUCAGUCAGAUUCUUCCACAAAAGUUUCAUGAGCGUUAUGUGCGCGUGUACGCGAAAUCACGCGAGGAUUCCGAGCCAAUUCAACGAUGCUUCGAGGCGUGGUGUUCCGACAAGGGUUACCCGGUACCACAUACUGUGUUGCAUGGUGAUUGUACUGGGUAUUUUUCGCCCGCAUUUAAAUUGAAUCAAGGGCCAAAGCACGGAGUGGGGACUGCGACUCCACGUUCAUUGAAUGGUGAAUUUAACAAGAUUCAAAAUUCUUGAGUUUUGAAACGUAAAGUCGUAAAUUAAACAGUGAUAAACAUUGAUCAAACGGGAACAAUAGUUGCAUACUGAAUUGAAGCUUAUUUAAAUAAGUGAAAUAAACGUAUAGCAUAGUACGAAAUGGCUUUAGUUGUGUGAUAUACACUAGGAGCAUGGACAAGAUGGCUAUGAUUAUUAAACUCAUUAGAAUAACAAUAUAACUCAUUAUCUAUGUUAAUCAACGUUUAUUCAUGAAUCUGGUCCUUCGCCGUCACGUGUGAAUUGUAUUUUUGUCAAAUGCACCAAUAGCAAUUUCCAAUUUACCCUAUUGUUCGAGUCACGGAUAGGUAACUUUCCUAAAACAUUGCUAUUGGUUAGUUGGGCAAAAACACAACACGCACGUGACGGUGAAGGAGCAGAUUUAUGAAUAUAAAACGUUGACCAACACAGAUAAUGAGUUAUAUUGUUAUUCUAAUGAGUUUCACAACCAUCUUCCCUUCGACGAAAAUCGGAAUCGUUAAUUGUUGUGAUAUUAGUCUUCAUAAUUGUUUCCGAGAGGAAGAAAACGUAUUUAUUAAUUUGGCGCAGCCAAGUUGCAUAGGUUCUAUAUUAUUUGAUAUAAAAACAUUGAUGUUUUGUUGUCAUUCAUAGUUAAUCAAGUGAGAGAAAUUAUAAAUAAUUUUAUCUUUGAUAAAAUAAAAAC